AUGUCAUCAGGACAAUAUUAUACAGAUGUCUUUUUCGUUGAUUCAUGUGAAAGUGUUAAAAUUGAAGUCUUACAUUAUCCACCCACCAUAAUAAUAUCGGCAACUUGGGCUUGGGAUAAUUUUUGUAGGUGGUUCUCGAAUAAAGGACAUGAUUGUUACGCUAUGAGUUUUCGAGGACAUGGACAAAGUACGAAGACUCCAAAAAAAGAUAAAUGGUGGUCACUAAAUGAUAUUACAAAUGAUGUAUCAGCUGUGACCGAUGCAAUAAUUGCUAGAACCGGAGAUAAACCUAUUCUCGUUGGGUAA